CCAAGGCUUGCUGUGAAAAUUGUGAUGACGUCGUGAGUCCACCAAACUUAGAUGUCCAUGUCGUCGACCCAACUAAUCACGGUAUAAUACAUUUAGAUCUCGACAGUAUUGUUACUUUAGGCGUGCCUUUUUCAAGCCCGGUUACCCCCCUAGUAGUUGGUGGAACCUUAAAUGGAUUCAAUCAGCUUACUUGUUUGGUGGCGAUCGACACUUCAAGCUCCGAAAAUAGCGAUUACAUUCUUGGAACAGCCCCGGUCAUUAUGGUUUAA